GUUGUUCCUUUCCUCGUCGUUAGAACGUAAAAGAGAAACCGCGAGCGUAGGAAUCGCGUGGUACCUACGUGCGAACGCUCUCCCUCCACCGAGCGGGCCGGCACAAGCGUGCCCCUUCCCGCUCGCUCGCCUGCCUCGUUACCGUUUCGCCGUUCGGCGUCGUAUCCGCUCGGAUUGAGCGAGGCGGAGCGAUUACUCGUUUAUCACCGCGACCACACUCGGCGAGAAAACGGAGCACGGUGGACCGCAGCUCCACGGUAAGCCGCAUCCAUAUAGACAUAUAUAUCCAUCCCUGUGUCGGGGAUAAAAGACGUCGUUCCUGGUGAUCGCAUCGCGGGCGGAUCGUUGGAGGAGGCGAACGGUUUGGCAACGGUUCGAUCGUUCGAUCGUUGGAUCGUUCAGGUGCUCGAUCGACGGAGGAGGAGGAGGAGGCAGGAGGAGUUGGUGAAGGAGGAGGAGGAGGAGGAGGAGGAGGAGGAGGAUGCGUCGCGAGUGAACGUCUGUGAACACGGAGGAGGAUGUGCUGAUCGAUUCGGAUCGAAAGUGUCGCGUCCCAUUUAAGCGUGGCUGGUCGUGGUUCGAUGAGUGUCGGCGAUGACAGAUGUGUUUUGCUCCCGUGUUUCGUACGCCGCGUUCGUCGUCGGCCGCGAGCCGUGAUUCGAAUCUGAUAUCGCGUCCACCGAGCGCGUCCUCGAGAGACAGCUUCGAAAUCAUCGAGAGUAAGCCGCGACGAAGGAAAAUGAGCAAAGCGAUUCUUGGCGUUCACCGCCUGUUGAUAAUCUUCCUUUGCUAUCAAGCUACCGGCCACGGCUUGAUACUGGAAGAGGAGAAGGAGCCAAAUUAUCUGAACGCAGGAGUGGGAGAGUACGCGGUGUUCAAUUGCGAUUUGGACUUUCCCCACGAGACACCGAUACCGUACAUCCUUCAAUGGAAUCGUGACGGCAGGACGAUCUUCUCGUGGUUUCACAAUGGAUACUCGACGGGGUUGGGGUACGAGGGCCGCGUACACCUGUUGGAGGACGCCGUGAGCCGAGGUUACGGGCAGGGGAGUAUCAAUUUGACCAACAUCCGGGAGAGCGACCAGGGAUGGUACGAGUGCAGGGUUAUCUUCCCGAACAGGACCCCCAACUCGAGGAACAACGGGACGUGGUUCCACCUCGCCAUAGAUGGUGCGUCGCCGUUUCCGACGUCUGUUCCAGGCGAGACUUUGCUGGCGGUUCCGCCCGUCAACAAGACCGUGAUGGAGGGCGAGUCGGUUGAUUUCGAUUGCGUCGCCAAGGGGGAGAAGUCCAUCGUCACCUGGCUACGCGAGGGGGUGGAGAUUACGGAGAUCGAGGAUUUCAAGAGGAGGGCGUCGAUCGGCGAGGAUGGCACGUUGACGAUCAACUCGGCCGCUAUGGGCGAUCUCGGGGAGUACAGUUGCGUGGUUACCGGCGAGACCGGCGACCAGCAGAGCGCCUCCGCCUUCCUCAACGUGCAAUACAAGGCGAAAGUGAUCUACGCUCCCCGAGAGGUGUACCUCCCGUACGGGAAACCGGCCCUUCUGGAUUGUCACUUCAGGGCGAAUCCGCCCCUGACGAAUCUACGUUGGGAGAAGGACGGAUUUCUGUUCGAUCCGUACAACGUUCAGGGCGUCUUCUACAGGAGGAACGGUUCCCUUUACUUCAGCAAAGUGGACGAAACCCAUUCCGGAAGUUACACUUGCACGCCGUACAACGAGCUGGGCACCGAGGGACCCAGUCCAUCGAUCACCGUGAUCGUGCAGAGGCCGCCUGUGUUCACGGUCACCCCCCAACACUUGUACAUAAGGAAAUUGGGGGAGAAUUUGGAGAUACCCUGCGACGCGAAGGAUGGAGAUCAAUCCCACAGACCGUCGAUCGUUUGGUACAAGGAUGGCUCGCCAAUACCGUUGACCAACAGGACCAUUAUAAUCGGUGGCAACUUGACGAUCGAUAGGAUACAAGAGCAGGACAGGGGAUUGUAUCAAUGCGCGGUGAGCAACGAAGCCGCGACGGUGGUCGCGGACACGGAAUUAAUGGUAUUGAAUGUCCCUCCAAGGGCACCGUACAACUUGAGCGCCAACAGCAGCAACAACGCGGUCACGUUGACUUGGGUGCCGGGAUACGUGAGACCCAAGAUGGAAUACUCGGUCUGGUACAGGCCAACCGACACCACCGAGUGGAGAACGAUGAAGAUCUUGUCAAGAAAAAUUACCGAGGCGACGAUAAACAAUUUGAAUCCGGGACGAGAGUACGAGUUCAUGGUGCUUAGUCAGGACAAACACGGGGACGGGAUGUUCAGUAAAACGUUGCGUAUUUUCACGCAACCCAAUUCGUUAGAGGAGAAUUCGGCGUCGGAAUAUCGUAGUCCUCCAGACGAUCGAAUGGGUCCACCGUUGAACGUGAGAGUGCAAGCAACUGUGCAAGGUUAUUUGGUCACUUGGGAGCCGCCUGCUUACGGGAAGGAGCAAGUGAGACUGUACGCCGUUAGAUGGUUCCGUGGGCCGUCCGAGCAAUUGUACGGCAGAGCGGAAACGACCGACACUUACUAUCUGGUAAAAACGCUGGAGGAGGAGAGUUACUACACGUUCGAGGUGGCCGCUAUGUCGAUCUCGGACGACGUGGCAACGAGCGAUCGCGUCAGUCUCGAAGUACCGGCGUACCGUAGAAACAGAGCGAUUUCGAUGGGAAUAGUGGCGGGGAUAGGAUUCCUGGCAGCUGCCCUGGCCGCGAUAUGGUGGGCGAGGAAACGUUUCUGUCAAUCGUCCAACGAAAAAUAAAUAUGGACAGUUAAUGGGUCGAGCGAGGUUAUUCUCCGUUCGAAAUCCAUUUUUUUCCUUAAAGUAGCGACAUCGAUAGAUUAAGAAAAGAAGGAGAAGGAGGAGAAGGAGGAGAAGGAGAAGGAGAAGGAGGAGAAGGGGAAGGGGAAGAUGGCAUCUCUCGGCUCUCGGUUAUAACCGUUUUUAUGUAACAUAGGUAUUAUCGAUCGCAUAGAUGGUCGUGGAUGGUCGAGGGGAGGGAUGGGGGACCAUUUGAACGCUGCAAAAAGUUUCUUCUCUUUAUGUACAUCGUUUACGUAGAUAUAAGUUACGACUAAUACGAGUGUUCUUGCGUUGCAUCGUGUCACAUUAUGUAUCGUUUAAAAGCUUUAUUAGAUAAGUGCACGUUUAUUAAGGAUUAGAUCUGGCAUUUGUUCAUUAUUCGGAGGUAUACACGGAGCCGUGAGGAGCAUAGGGGUUCUUAACCCGACGCGACGGCCGUUAAUACGUAACGGCCAACCAACGUCUCUCCCAUACCAGAUAAUACUCGGCUAAACUGUUACACGUAUAUGUAUACAUCCGAUAUGUUUUUCUAUUGUAAAUAAAUUGUGUCGAUUACA